ACAUAUAUUUUUAAUUUUGUGGGAUGUAGCUUGCUACUCAAAGCACUCUUUCUGGAGUCACACUUUUCAACCAUGAACUGUUUUUAACGAAUAGGUUGAGUGAAUAAAUGAAUUCUUCAUAACAAAAAACACACUUGUGCUUAUGCUGGCGUAAAUGCCUGAUUGCACUAAGACGGAUAAUAAUCAAUUGCAGAGUCAAAGUAUAAGGAUAAAUAUAAAUAGCUUAUAGAAUAUAAUUCUUUAAAUUCUAUGAGGGGAAGUCACUGGAAUCGCUUUUAGAACGAUUUUUCAGCUGAUGUUCACGUCAAAAAUUGACAGCCAAUCAGAAUCCAUCAAUUUUAAAGAGCUCGAGCAUUUAAACCGGCAAACAACAUAACAUCGCGUUUAUAAUAAACAGAAAAGGAUCAUUCUGUUGGGUUGGACAGUAAUAUAGUUGGUGUUAAUGGUUCAGAAUGGCAGAAACGGUCAAUCAGUGAUCGGAUCUUUAGUGAGUUAAACAGAAUAGAUUCAAAAGAUUCGAGUUGGGAUGAAUCAAAACCCCCAACUGUUCUCACUGUUCAGUCUAGCCUUGGUCCCCACGGUGUCUCCUCCUAUUUCAUCUUUGUUUCACAAAUAGCAUGGGGUGUAAUGAACAUUUGGAGCUGCAUGAGCGUCCCGUAACAACUCUAUUACGUCGUUGACAUCUAGUGGCUGCCCAUAGGUCUAACCGACAUUCAUUCACUGAACCUCCUUCAUGAUUUUAUCAUGAUAAAAAGGGUCACAAUUAUUAUUUUACGCUAUUCUAAGCUUCCCCACUAGUCUUUCGCCACAGUAAGACUGAUGUGUUUUGUUGUCAUGCGAAUCCAAAUGAAGUGCGAUGAUGACAAUCCUCUGGGCGAUGACAUUCACACUGCUCGAUUCUUAUCCAAUCAGAGAGGAACUCUUUGAUUGGCACUUGAAUUAUCCAAUCGAAGCUCGUUCUCUGGAGAUAUGGUGGGUUUUAACAACUGCGAUUCCUUAGUGGGACUCCGGUUUCACAUAGCUGUAAUGUGUGGACAGCACAGAAAACUUUAAAAAGAGUUUAUUUUUUGUUGUGUUACGCCAUAUAUUGAGGAAGACUGUUCAUUCAGCUUAAAUGAGUGAGAAGGAUGUUAAUGCUAACCCACCACCAUCUCCUGAGACUCUCAAGGAGAAAAGUGCAACCCACAAACGUCUCAACCCUCCUGUUCCAUCAAGUAAAUCCAUUCCAGGCACUGAGACGGCGGGUCCCCCUCUCUCCAGUUCUGGCGGCCCAGACCAACCACCUAAAUCCACCCCUUCUUCAACUCAAGAUACUAAUUUAAAACAAACUAAUGUUAAAACCUCAAACUUUACAGCCAGAUCAACACCUGAAAAACAAGCUACACCAAAACCUACCCCUACAUCAUCACACAUCUCUAAAACGACUCAAACUACAACAUCUUCAUCAUUAUCAAAAUCAACAUUAUCUUCUCCCAAUGACCCAUCCACACCCAGCAUCACCAUUUCUGCUGAUCCUACACAAUCUACAUCGCCUCCUGAAGGUUCGCUGUCCUCCACCAAAAUACCUGCAGUGGGUUCCAGUAAACUCCCACGUCAACGGAGCUUUUUGGCUGCAGCCCAAAAGGUGAUGAUGCAGGAGAAAAUAAAAAAGGCUGAGGAAGAGGCCAAGGCUGAAGAAUGUGAUGAUUUGGACGAAGAUCUGUCUUUUGAGGAACUCCUGGAGAAGGCUGAGGCUGGAGACCCUAGAGCGCAGAGUAGACUCGGUAAAUACUACCUUAAACUGGCAGAAGAAAAAGACACAGAGACAAAUAUCCAUACAGCUGUUGAAUGGUUUGUGAAGGCAGCAAAACAAGGUCGGAGGGAUGCAGCCAAACUACUUCAGAAAUGCUGGAUCCAAAAGAAAGGCAUCACACCAGAGAAUGCACAGGAAGUGAGAAGGCUGUCCUCAGAGAGUAAGUUUGAACAGGCAGUGAGGAGAGCAGCCAUGUCGAUGUAUUGGAAACUCAAUCCUGACAGAAAGAAGAAAGUAGCCAUGUCUGAGAUGCUGGAGAAUGUCAACCAGGUCAAUACUGUACCAGGUGAACCUUCUGUAUGCGGUGUAACACCCAGCAUUAAUACUCAGAGGAAAAUCCUGGAGACCAUGGUGUCUAAUGAAUCUAGCUCUAAGUAUGUCGAUGUGGAAGAUUUUGUGGAGAUGACGAAAAAGUUCACAGAAGGCAUUGCGUGCACUCCCACACUGAGAACCUCAGACGUAGAUGCAAAGGAAGAGGAGAAGAUGUUAAGGAAAAGUGAUGCAGCCACAUUUGAAAUGGAAAAAAAUGAAUUGGCCCCCGUCACUCAUAAGCGUCAUCGAAAGUCCAGUUGGGGAAUGUCGAGCAGUGGGAUGAUAUUGGCUACCGGACGAGGUGGUGCGAUGAAGAGAGCCCUGGACAUAAAAUCCCACUUCUUGGGUCUGCAGUACCCUCUCCAUGCGAUUAUUGAGAUGAAGGAACUUUUAAUUGACUGGGCAUCUCGUGCUGGUGUCCAGUGGCUGAGCACCAUCAUCCCAACGCAACACGUCAAUGCCCUUAUCUUCUUCUUCAUCAUCUCCAAUCUCACCAUUGAUCUGUUUGCCUUUGUCAUCCCGCUCCUCAUCUUCUACCUCUCCUUUAUCUCCAUGGCCAUCUGCACACUGAGAGUCUUCAAGAGCAGCAAAGGAUGGGAGAACUUCAGUGCCUUAACUGCCCUCCUCACACGCUUCGAGCCCAGCCUGGACGUGGAGCAAGCGGAGUCCAACUUUGGCUGGAACAACCUGGAGCAGUACCUCUACUUCAUGAUAUCAGUGUUCUUUAUGAUCUUCACCUUCCCAGUAGCAGAUAAAGGCUGGAUCCCAUGCUCGGAGCUUUUCACAGUGGCUAUCUUCUUCACGGCAAUGAGCUACAUGAGCCUGAGCCCAUCUGUGGCAGCUUACACACGAAGGGCACUCAUCAUCGAGGUGGCUUCAUCUUUGUGUACCUUGACCAGCAGGUUGCAGGAAAUGGCGAUGGCCAGGAUGCUGGGGCAUAUUUUCACAACUAUCCCUCUAGGAGAAUCGCUGGUGCUGGAGCUCAGUGUACCCUGUGUGCUCUACAUCUACCUUUUCUACUUGUUCUUCAGUAUGGCACGCAUGAGGGGAUUCAGAGGGACGUACUGCUUCCUGGUGCCGUACCUGGUCUGCUUCACGUGGUGCGAGUUCUCUGUGGUCCUGCUGCAGAACUCCACCACCAUUGGCCUUAUCCGCACAUGUGUGGCCUACUUCCUCUUCCUGUUUGCCUUACCCGUUUUGGCUUUGGGUCUGAUGGCGAUGCUGCUGAUUCAGGUGGUUAAGUGGUUCCUGGAGCUGGAGUUGACCAAAAUGCUGGUGACGCUGGCAGUGUGUGCCGUCCCUGUGAUCCUGCGGCUCUGGACUCGAUUCAGCCUGUCCAUCCUAAAUGUCUUCCGUUCCAUCACCCACAGAGGUCCGGUGAAACUGAUCCUCCUGUGCAUCACUACGGUGAUUUUAUUCUGCGGUGUCUAUGUCUAUAAUGCUGAAGGUCUAAAGGUGUAUAACUCCACAAUCACUUGGCAGGAAUAUGGUACACUGUGCGGCCCACGUGCCUGGCAGGAUCACGGAAUGGCUCAAACACAGCUCUUAUGCAGCCAUCUGGAAGGUCAUCGUGUCACCUGGACAGGAAUAUUCCGUCGUGUUCGUGUAGUCGAGAUGGAAAACGGAGCUCAGUCUGUUAUAAACUUGCUACCGGUGUUUAUGGGAGACUGGUUGCGGUGUCUCUAUGGUGAGGCUUAUCCGAAGUGUGAAGCACAGAAUAAUACGUCUCCGGUUGCGAAUGUCACGGGAGUCGAGCCUGUUAAUGCCACAAUGCUGUUCCUCCAGCAGGAAGAGAAAGAGCUCUGUCGGAUAAAGGCCUUUGCUAAACACCAAUGCCAUGUUAAACGCUUCAACAGUUACCGCUUUGAGGUGACGGUCGGCAUGCUGGUGGAUGGAGUCACGCAACUUGACGAUCCGGCAGGUGACAUCCUCCUAAUGGCGAGUCACGAGUUUAAACAGGUGCUACUGAACCUCGAUCCAGGCAGCAUGGUAGAGUUCAGCACAAAGCUGGAAGGGAAGUUGGGUACCAAAUUACCUGCAUUUGAACUGAAAGCCAUACACUGUCUGGACUGCAGCUCGUCAUUGGUGCCUGAGGGACGACAGGUCAAGAUUGAACGGAACUGGAGGAAAACCAUGCUUAAAGCCAUUAAAUUUGCAUUUGACUUCUUCUUUGCUCCUUUUCUCUGUGCUAGGAUCAAUGUGUAAAGAGGAAGAAAAAAAGACAGAGAUACAUUAAUCUCAAUCACAGUCAAAAUGUUUGGAGUUUUUUCCUAUUCAGAGUCGGAGGAAUUUAAAAGAGCUGUCAAACUCCAAACACAAUUUGCACAUUUUUCUGGAAACAUAAAAAUUAAUUCUUGUGUUAUGUUAGAGAUCAUGUGUUAUUGUUGUGGCAUUGGGAAAAUUGAUCAGUUUCUUUUAUAUUAGCUUGAUUCUUUUCCAUAGCUAUUAACUUUUUUUUUUUUUUUUUUAACUCUCUUAUGCUCAUCUAGGCUGCUUUUGUUUGAUUAAAAAUACAGUAAAAACAGUUAUAUUGUAAAAUAUUAUUACAAUUUACAAUGUCUGAAUUAUUGUCACAUGAUCCUUCAGGUCAAAUAUUAUCAUGUGACACUGAAGACUGGAGUAAUGGCUGCUGAAGAUUUAGCUUCACAGGAAUAAAUUAUGUCUUAAAUAGAAAAUGGUUAUUUUAAAUGUUAUUAAUAUUUCACAAUAUUACUGUUUUACUGUAUAUUUGAUCAAAUAAAUGCAGCUUUGGUAAAUGCUUUUUUAACAACAUAAAAACAUAAUUAUUCUACACCUUUGACUGUCAUUAAUGAUAAGUUUAAUGACAGUUCUAUUGUAAAGUGAUAAAAGUUAAUGUAAUCUGUCUACAAAAAAUUGUUCACCCAAAAUUAAAUUUACUCAUUAUUUACAAGUGCUACAAAUUAAAAAUUUAAGUUAUCCAUUGAGUGUUUUUUUCAACUGCCCUCAUUCCAUAGAUUAACCAUGUUUUUCAGCAAGUUUUGUGCAAAUUAGCAUUCUCUGCAUUCUCUCAAAGAUUUCUAAUGCACGUUUACAUAGAAAAAUGUUUAAAAGGCAGAUUUGCAAAUCAAAUUUGAUCUUGAACCAAUGUUUCUGACCUUCAGAAAUUCAGCCUGACCUUUAUAACUCAUUUAUGAUUAUGAUCUUAUGUGCAAAGGAUCUUUACUCACAUAUUUGUGUGAUUUUGUUUCAAUUUUUUUUUGUCAUGAAUAAGAAUGCAUGGAAUACUUGUCUAGUAUUUAGAGUAUUUAUCAAAUGAAGUAUUUCUGUGAACAUGAGCCUUAUCUAUUAUUUGUUAGUUCAAAUAACUUUUUCCCUUUUUUUGUCUUUUAAAUAACAUGAGUCUACAUCAUUGAUACAAAUCUGCAUACAAUCAUACAGCUCACACUUUGUUGCACUCUUAUGAUGUUACUGUUUGUUAAAUGGAAAAACCAUCUCCACACAGAUGUUUUCCUUAAAGGUUCUAUGACAAGUGGAUGUAAAACCUGUUUACAUUAUGUUUGGAAUUAGGUUUUUAUUUUUGUGAAAAUGUAAAAAUGAAUUAAAGUGCCUUUAAGAUUCACAGUUAUUGUCCUUCUAAGGUCUGAUGCUGCAUGGUAUGCAGUUAGCUCACUAUAAGCAUAUCAGGUGUGUGUGUGUGUGUGUGUGUGCGUGCGUGUGUGUUUGUGUUAAAUACCCAGAAGCAGACAGAUAGACUGAGAAACAAGCACUAUGAAAAAAAAAAUGAAAAAAAACAAAACAAAACAUUAAACUAAGGAGGUAUACAGAGGUCAUAUUAAUUUAAUCACAUUCCUCCAUUUGCCUCUUUUAUUUUUUCAUUAAGUGUCAAUAGAAUAUGUUUAGGCAUCAUAGAUAUACACAUUAGUAACACUGGAUAAUGAUAAACAUGCGUUUUUGUGUGUAUGCUUGCAUGUAUAGGCCUAAUUUGUGUGUGUGUGUGAGAGAGAGAGUGUGUGUGUGCCCUGAAAAACUCAAGCUAUUAUUCCCUGGUUGCAUUGUGAAUGUGAGUGUGUGUUUCACUGCAUGUCUGAGAGGAAAGCAUGUGAGAAUGCAUAAUGGCAGAAGGCCUAUUGCCAUGGUAACAGGAUGUAAGAGAAUGAAAGUGUGCGAGAGAAAGAGAGGAACAGAGUGAAAAAAGCGGAGAAUCAUUGUCUCAGGGUACAAAAAUGAUGUGAAUGAACUACAAAUGUAAAAAUAAGAGUAGAGGGACUGAUUGUAAGAGGCACAGCCUCAGUAUAUGUAGAGCAAAGAGUACUAGAAAAAUGGGACAGACAAACACGUGAACACCAGAAAAGACAGAAAAGUCAAAGAAAAUGAGAAAAUGAGAAAGCAAGCAAGCAAGCUCGCUCGUCAGUUUGAGAGCACCCCGUUAACAUCAUAACACUUUAAAAAUGGAUUCAUUAAAAGCAUGUUACAUUCAUUCAGCCUUGUUCAUAUAGCAAAAACAAUCACUGACCUCCGUGUCAUAGUCUACACAGACACCCAACAAUUCAUUACCACAUCUACACCAAACAAACAGUCACCCAGAAGGUGAAUGGCACCUUAAACAAAAGAUAACUCGCCAUAUUCUUUCUACAGUGGAUAGAGAGUUACAUGUACACCUGUGUGGUCAUUGAAAACACAGUGUGCAGAGAUUCACAUUUACACAUGGUUUAUCCACUUACUAGCUGCUACAUAUUGGAACGUUCCAAAUUCAAUACAAGAUAAGCUAUUUUAGAUAUUUUGGUCACACUUUAUAUUAGGUGGCCUUAACUACUAUGUACUUACAUCAAAAAACAAGUACAAUGUACUUAUUGUGGUCAUAUUGUAUUGCAAAACACUUUUGCUGCUAUUGAGGUGGGAUACGGGUGGUUAGGGACAGGUUUGGUGGUAUGGGUCGGUUUAAGGGUGGGUUCAGGUCAACAGUGUAAUUAUAAAUGUAAUUACAGAAAUUAAUUACAGAUGUAACUACAUAUAGGUAUUUAAAAAAAUAUAAGUACAAUGUAAAAACAUGUAUUUACAAAAUAAGGGCAUUGUACCAAAUGAUUAAUUUAAAUAUAAGUACAUAGUAGUUAAGGCCACCUAAUAUAAAGUGGGACCGAUAUUUUUUUCAAAGAUAAGCUAUUUGGCAUGCUGCCACAAAACGCAAUUUUGACACGUCCUCAACUAUGUUAAUGCACUUAUAAUGGAAGUCCAGGGAGCAAGGAAUUAGCAUAUAAUAAUAGGGGGAAUAAAAAUUAAAUGCCUUUUGAAAGUAUAGUCUCAAAACAUCAGUAUUCUUGAUAUUAAAAUAAAACUAAUAAAUCUGAUCAAAUCAAUAACUGACCUUGUCUGUGCAAUCAUAAAUCAUAUUCCCAAAAAAGGGACAGGAAUUACAUUAGUAAUGCAUGAGCAGACGUUCAUUAGUCUAGACCAGUGUCCCACAACUAAAAGAUUUUGACAACUUUGUAGCUGACAUAUAACCUUUGGACAGAAGAAUUAAAUAUAAGCCAGUGGCUCUCCACCAGGGAAUGGGGCCCACUAGGGGGCCUCAACAAAGACGACUUCAAAUUAGACAAAACAAGCAUUAAAAUAAACUGAUUCAACUGUUUUAUUUUUUGUUUGUUUGUUUGUUUU